CUGGUUUGGUUUUGUAAAAAUGAAGGAAGAGUGGUUCUUUUUUCCUAUUUUUAUGUUUUUUUUUUUAAUUUAUGAUUUUUCUCUAUUUGUUUGUAAUUAUUAAACUUAGAUUCAGAUGACAGUUUUUUACACUUAUAGAAGUUAAAGCUUCUUCCAGAUCUAUGAAAAAAAUUCCCGCUGAUUUUCUUCCAUUGUUUUCUUUGCUCAAAAACUGCAAGGGUUUUUGAAGACCAUGUGUUGGAUUUCAUUACAUCCCACAAAGAUGAAAGACGUGUUUAGUUUGCAAAUCAAAGGGUUUUCAUUGGCAACUGUUAUUCCAUCACUCCACAGAGGUUAAUAUAUAGGCAGAUUCCCCAAAGAGAAGCCAGCCGCAUUUUGCUCACUAAAAUUUGGUGCCACAUCGAUGAGUAGAAGAUGUUUUAAAAAGUUGGAGGGAAUGACUUUAUUAUCGUAUAGAAAAAGUGUUAAUUGUAUAAAAACCACAUGAAGUUAACCCUAGGCAAUAUAAUAAAAAUAGCAUUUCAAGGAAAACAAAAAAGCCGCAGUUGCCUCUGGUGAACAACCAUCACUGUUUGAAACCAUGUCCAUGUCUCUGGACUCUCAUAUAGAGAAGGUUCUUUGGACCCAAGAUCAGAUUCUGGACCGAGUAGCCCAGAUCGCUUCUCAAAUUACCCUUGAUUUUAAAGCUGCUCCCGACCCUCCCCUCUUUGUAGGAGUCGCCACCGGUGCUUUCUUGUUCUUGGCUGAUCUUGUCAAGAAAGUUCAGCUCCCUCUCUCCGUUGACUUGGUUCGAGCUCAAUCUUAUGGCUCCGGUACUCUCUCUAAUGGAGCUCCUUCCAUUUCCCUUGAUUUGAAGCUCGAUGUGAAGGGAAAACACGUCAUUCUCGUUGAAGAUAUUGUAGAUACAGGAUGCACUUUAUCCUGUCUAAUCGAACACUUGGAAGCAAAAGGAGUGUCCUCUGUAUCAAUUUGUGCUUUUCUUGAUAAACCUACGAGACGGAAGGUCCAUAUCAAGCUAGUUGGUGAUGGAAAGUUCUACAAGGGAUUUGAGUGUCCGGAUUAUUUUGUUGUAGGUUAUGGAAUGGACUUUGCAGAACUAUAUAGGAACUUGCCUUAUAUUGGUGUCUUGAAGUCCGAAUUCUACAAGUGAUUUGAUUUAUCCCUGGCAGUUUUAGUAAGGUAUAUUUCAGGUCUUAGGAUUCAAGAAGCAACCCUGAAAAUUGUUUGAAUUUUUUAGCAUUGUGAUUAAUUUGGAUUUUAGAUUUGGCUUUUGGCAUUACUUGCUUUAGAAGACAGAUAUUUUAAUCAAAAGGAAAUAAAAAAACAAAAGGCAGUGGUGAUUCAUAAGGGAA